GUUCGCUGGCGAGUUUGACAGAAGUUUGAAUCGGACUCGGGGGCUUUCUGCAGCCGCAGGGCCAGCGCGGCGGCCGCGAGCUCGGCGAGUGCAAGCCCCAGCGGCCCCGCGACCCUCCCACCCCGCCUGCACCUCGGGCCGCCGCCGGCCGCUCGCGCUCCGCCGCCGCUCGCGUCCCCCGCCGCGGGCCAGCAGCCCCCCGCCCGACCGCGGUCCCCGCAGCCUCCGGGCGUGGGAGUGGAGCCGCCGCGCCGCGCCCCAGCCCCGCUGCGCCAGCAUGUCCUCGACGGAGAGCCCGAGUCGCCCAGCGGACAAGUCGCCGCGCCAGCAGGUGGACCGCCUGCUCGUGGGGCUGCGCUGGCGGCGGCUGGAGGAGCCGCUGGGCUUCAUCAAAGUUCUCCAGUGGCUCUUCGCCAUUUUCGCCUUUGGGUGCUGCGGCUCCUACAGCGGGGAGACGGGAGCGAUGGUUCACUGCAACAACGAGGCCAAGGACGUGAGCGCCAUCAUCGUCCUGUUCGGCUACCCCUUCAGGUUGAACCGGGUCCCCUACGAAAUGCCCCUCUGUGACGACGACUCCACCUCCAAGACCAUGCACCUCAUGGGGGACUUCUCCGCCCCCGCCGAGUUCUUCGUGACCCUGGGCAUCUUCUCCUUCUUCUACACCAUGGCCGCGCUGGUGUUCUACCUGCGCUUCCACAACCUCUACGCCGAGAACAAGCGCUUCCCGCUGGCGGACUUCUGUGUGACCGUCUCCUUCACCUUCUUCUGGCUGGUAGCUGCGGCUGCCUGGGGCAAGGGCCUGACCGACGUCAAGGGCGCCACGCGGCCGUCCAGCCUGACCGCCGCCAUGCCCGUGUGCCACGGCGAGGACGCGGUGUGCAGCGCCGGGGCCACGCCCUCCAUGGGGCUGGUCAACCUCUCCGUGCUCUUCGGCUUUAUCAACUUCUUCCUGUGGGCCGGGAACUGUUGGUUUGUGUUCAAGGAGACCCCGUGGCACGGGCAGGCCCAGGCCCAGGCCCAGGGCCAGGCCGCCGGCCAGGAGAGCGCGGCUGAGCAGGGAGCCGUGGAGAAGCAGUAAGCAGCCCCGGCCCGGCUGCUCGGCAACAGGACUGCACCUCUUAACCACCUCCGGCUUCCAGGACCGCCUCCUUCUUCCUCCUCCACCUCCCCUCCCCCACCAUUCUGUCCUUGGAGCUUUGAGAAGUCCUCGUCGACGACGGAUGGAUGGGCAGGCAGCAGCUGUCGGGAACCUGGGCAGCCCUCCCAGUGGCUUCCUGUCCCUCCUCUUGCUGGAGCCCUGGAUGGGAUGGCAGGAACUCAGGGCCUCUUGCUCACUGCCUGGACCCAGGCAUCUUACUCGGGGCGCAGGGUGCCUCCCAGGCCCUGCUGCCGGCGAGGGUUGGAGGCAGGAGACCGGAGCCCUGAGACUGGUUCCUAGCAGCCACUUUAUCAGCCUGUCAAUAAAAGUGGGGGGAGGGCAAACUGGCUGGCAGCCGUCUCCCUGGUCCCUUGCGUGGAGGGCCCACCAGCGGGUUAGUGAGCCCUCUUCGACGGGCACCAUGUAGGCCCUGUGCCGGCACUGAUCUCCAGAGAGUCCUGGCACAGUGUGCUUCCCACUCUCUCCUCCGGCCUCUGCUUGCCCACGGAGCCCACCAUGCGUGAACCGGGAGGCUCACUAGCCCAGGAAACAGCCUUCAGAGGGUCCCGAGGAGGCCUUAAACUUGGUGGGGAGCAGAUACAUUGCUGCUGCAUUGAAGUUCAAGAAACCAAAGCCAGGCAGCUUGCAGGGGAGUCAGUUUCUUCUGUUCCCUCAGUCCUCCCGCCCCCCGCCCCCCCAGGCUGGGGCACUUCCCACUAGCACUCAAAACUCAUGCCGGCCGUAAACUCCUUACCUCCUCCCUAGGCUUGGUCUCGCAGGGGUCUUGGAGCAUCCCCAUCCCAGACCUCCCCUGACCUCUCUGUCCAUCUCCGUCCACACUUUCCCCCAGCCCCUUAGGUCUGAGGCAUUUGAGAUCCUUCUCCAAGUCUAGCUAGGCCUUCCUUUCAUUCCUGGGGGCCAGAAAGGGCCUUUGGAAGGGCCCAAAGGACCAUCAUGAGGCUAAGUUGCCCCAGAGCCCUAGGACGUGGAUGGAUGGUCCCGUUUCUUUCUCAUUCUCUGCCCACCCCCACCACUCCUUCUCUGGCCCCCCUUCACACUUCCCCUUCUCGCCUUUACGAAAGGACAUGCCUGUCCCUUUGCCCGCCAGCCAUUCCCCCUGCUGCCUCGCCUCUCCCAGGCUCUCUCCCCCACCCGUCCAGGGAAGGCCGGUGCUCUUGGUGCUUCUUCACGUGGGGACCCAGUUCCAUGUGUCUUUGUUGUGUCUCCUCUUUCUGGUCCCUCCUUCAGUCCCUCCCUGGACCCCAGGGCCUAGGACUCAGUGCGGACUACCCAGCCCCUACCCAGCCCCUACCCAGCCCGCCUGGGCCAUAGGGCUGCCGGGUGGGUGGAGGUUGAAUCCAGCCAUCUUCCAGCAGGGUGCCAAUUAAGUGCCUCGUGCCAACCCCUCCUCGGGACUGAGUCAACCCCUCCCACCCCCUCACCUCCCUAAACGUCAUUCGUCAUUCGCAGGAACGUGUGUCCGGGGCACCCAGGAGUCAGGAGCUUGGCCUUUGGGCCAAUCAUUUCUUCUUCGGGACAGAGUUCCCCUGCCUGACAGGGGGAGUGAGAGGUUUACAUCCUCAUGUGCUCCAGAGUCCUUCGGUGCAAGAUUUAGGUGUUUCUUCUUCUUCUUCUUUUUUUUUUUUUUUGAUUGGGGGGAGGGAUUUGAGGAGGGAAGAGAGGAGUUGGGGAUGGGAGUGUUUCUAAGUCUGAAACUCUCUCUGUCCUGAGCUGUCCCCAUGGUUACUCACAUACAAGGGGGGACAGUUUUGCCUCCAGAGAUACAGAGAACAAAGGGGUGACUUCAUUUUUCUUCAAGCCGGCCCCUGUAGGGGCCUGUGAGCAACUUCUACUGGAACUUUGUUUGGAUUCUGUGUACGUAUUUAUACUUCAUUUGCAAUGUGGUGGAUAAAGUGUUCUCAUUUAGGGGCCGACGUUAGUAGCCGGCCCAUCACUGGGGAAGAGGAGUGGGGGGUCUGCCCUCCUGUCGAGGACACCUAGCCCCGAACUUUCCCUGGAGCAGAGAAGGCUCUUGCUCCUCCAGAGGCUAGCUUGUUCUCAGCCGGAAGAGCCUGGAUGUAGGCAAUGGCCUCUCUCUCCCAAAGAGGAAAGGCUACUUCAGUUCAUUACCCCCAGAGGGCGGGGCAAGGCCAAGUGCCCAAGGACAGGGCUGUCCUCAUAGGAUUCAGGCUGGGCUGGCAGCACCACUUUGCCUAGUGGGGCCAGAGGUAGAAGAACGUGUCUGGUUUCUCCAGCUGCUGCAGGAGGCCCACAGGCAGGGCCCUUUGCCCUAGUAAACUCUGACCCCCCUCCCCCCCACCAGGUUGCCUCCUUAGGACCUUUCCUGAACAUGAGUCCCCUCCACCAUCAUGGUCACAGGUCUCCUCCCUCCGGGGCCGCAGAUCAGGGGUGCGGGGAGAAUGCUGCAUGUUGUUUCUGGUGCUUGUUACCACACGUUGGAAUAAACAGUGCUUCCAGCAUUCGCCAUGAGGGAGCCAA